CUCCGAUCGCCCACAGAGACAGGGAAAGAGAAAGCGAUGGCAGCCACAAUCCAAACCCGAGUCAUGGGGAUUGCCCUGCUCUUCUUCUUCCUCCUUUCUGCCACUUCCAUUGCCCAGGCCGCCACCUGCAAAGGGAAGAGCGCAUGGCCGGAGCUGGUGGGCAAGGAUGGGUCGACUGCGGAAGCCAUCAUCAAAGCGGAGAACCCUCGUGUGAACUUUGUCUUCCCCGUCACAGAAGGCUCUACUGUAAGGAAGAAUUUCGACUGUCGACGAGUGUUUGUCUGGAUUAAGCCCAACGGCAAGAUUUACCUUGUUCCGAGACUCGGAUAGAUCACCCGUUAGCCUUGCUCUCAGGAUCUGCUUAUUGUCAAAUAUGUCAGCCUCCUGUACUAGUAAUUAAGGCUCUUGCAAUGUAAUAUAAUAAAGCUCGAUGCUAAUGAGAAAUAAGCCUACAUAUUGCCAAUAUGAUGAAGUACAAUCUUGUUCUUGCUGGCAAAGUUUGUAGUUUUCCUUUUUCCUUUUUCAUUCCUUACCUG